CUGUCGCCAUGGAGCACUGCAUAGGGUCCAAGCAGCUGCUGCUGCUACUGCUGCUACUGGGGUCCGCGAGCCCGGCAGGAGAGAACCGAUGCGUGGACGCGGCCGAGGCGUGCUCGGCGGACGCGCGGUGCCAGCGGCUGCGCACCGAGUACGUGGCGCAGUGCCUGGGUCGGGCCGCGCCGGGGGGCUGCCCUCGCGCCCGCUGCCGCCGCGCCCUGCGCCGUUUCUUCGCCCGCGCGCCGCCCGCGCUCACUCACGCGCUGCUCUUCUGCCCGUGCGCGGGCCCCGCGUGCGCCGAGCGCCGGCGCCAGACCUUCGUGCCCGCCUGCGCCUUCCGGGGCCCGGGCCCAGCACAGCCGUCCUGCCUCCAGCCCUUGGACGCCUGCGAGCGCAGCGCCGUCUGCAGGCCUCGCCUCCUGGCCUUCCAGGCCUCCUGCGCUCCCGCCCCAGGCGUCCCCGACGGCUGUCCGCCAGGCCAGGGUUCCCGCUGCCUGCGCGCCUACGCGGGUCUCGUGGGCACCGUGAUCACCCCGAACUACGUGGACAACACGAGCGCGCACGUGGCGCCCUGGUGCGACUGCGGAGCCAGCGGAAACCAGCGUGAGGAGUGUGAAGCCUUCCGGGGGCUCUUUACAAGGAACCGCUGCUUGGAUGGUGCCAUACGGGCCUUUGACAGUGGGUGGCCCUCAAUCCUGCAGGACCAGCUGGAGCCCCAGCCGGGCCCAGAGCACAGCCUUCUGCAGGUGUCUUCCACAGACAGGUCCCCAGAGGGGAACUCCCUGCUCUCAGUUCUCCCCAUCCUGGCCUUCCAGGCCCUGCUCUGACCAGGAUGGCAGACCUCGGACAACACCGCCAACUACCCCACUCUGCCUGGGGCACAGGGCCACAUCUGUGGCCUGCCGCCCCACUGAAAAGGGCCUGGCUUCCCUCCCAGGCUGGCCUCCGUGCUCUCGCGCUGCUGCCCUUUGUAGGUCUGGACACCGUGUGCCUGUCCCCUGGGGGGAGGCUGGGGGCCUGGCUGCAAAGCCCUGGCUUGCCUGUCAGUGGGUGUCUUGGUGGUAGGUCCCUUUCUCCACAGACCUUGAGACAAUUGGGGUCUCUCACAGGUUAAGGGGUAGGAAAGGGUCACUUUUGUAGCUGAGGCCUCCCCAGGGCCCCAGAUCUCCUAGAGAAGCUCAGGACCAUCCAGAUUCCAGGAAUUCCAGGAAAUUGUCUCAGACUCCCAAGCGGGUAACACCAUAGGACAGACUCACAGACUUGUAGGCAAGACUCACCACAGCUGCACCCUCCCUGGGCCCCCUCCCCGCUAGGCAUUACCCACUGCUGAGCCACCUGCACCCCGUGGCUAAUGUUGACCGAGUGCUUCCCAUCUGCUAUAUGCUGCUUGGUGGGCCCCCCUGCCCCUGCAUGGCACCAGCCCUGUGGCCAUCUUCCCCUAAUUUACCGCAGCAGUAGGAGUGGCAUACUGUGCCCAAUAAACUCAUGUGCCCAG